GUUGUCAAAAAAUGACGAUUGUUUAACAAUAUUGUUUAUAGUGUUACAAUUCAUUCAUUUCAAAACCCUUAUAAUAUUUGAAUUAAAAAUGUUUUGUUGCCUAAAGGGCUGUCUCAACGGCUUUAACCUGACACCAACUGUUCCUAUUCGUAUCAAGGAGAAUCCUGUGCAGCUGGAUACUUUACACAUGGGGCAUGAGGUGGUAGUGGUGAAAGGAGGGCAGCGAGUGUGUGGGUCGGGCUGCGCGCUGGGCAAUGCACCGCUGGUGCAGAACAAGGCAUACUUCGAGGUGAAGCUGCAGCAGGGUGGUGUGUGGGCGGUGGGCCUGGCCACAAGGGACACUGACCUCAAUAAAGUACAUGGCGGAGUGGACAAAGAGUCGUGGUGCCUGAACAGCGACGGCACGGUGCGGCACGGGAACGAGGAGCUGUACCACCUGUCGCCGGCGCCGCGGGACUCGCCCACGGCCGACCUGCUGGUGGCCAUGGACACCCCCGCGCCCGCGCCCGCGCCCUGCGACGACGCCAACCCCUUCGCAGUCAUGCCAGUCGAGGGCGACACCAUCGGACUCGCCUACGACCAUGUCGAGCUCAAUUUCUUCGUAAAUGGAAAAAACAUGGAGAUACCUGUUAGGAAUAUCAGGGGGACGAUUUAUCCCGCUUUAUAUGUUGACGAUGGCGCGAUAUUGGACAUUAUACUGGACAACUUCCUGUACCCUCCUCCGACGGGCUACGAAAAAAUCAUGGUGGAGCAAUCCCUGCUCUAACAGAAGAGACAAGGAAUGUGUGCAUGGACACUCGAGUGUGCGCGCGUGCGGGCCGCGACUCGCGCCCCCCGUACCACGCUUA